AGUCUAUCACGUCGGCCCCUCAAGCUACAUCUAAUGUGAACCCAUCUCUUAUAGCAUUGGAAAGGCAUCUGGCUUGCUUGCGAAAGCAAAAGAACGAGCUUCACAAAGAGAAAGUGAGGCUGCAGGAAGAGUUGCGACACACGCUUUCUGCUAAACUCGCCAAAGAAGGGGAAGUUGUCAUACUAAGGAAAAAUAUCGAGAAGACCAUGCAGCGCAAACAGCGAAGCUCAGGGCGGCCAAGGAGGAGUCGGAGGCCAAACAAACACAGAUGCAAAAAGAAAUGAAAGAGGAGGCAGAACGCCUGAAGACGUUAUUUACUUUCAAGCAACAUGAAAUCGAGACAUCUACCCGAAAGUCUCCAUGGUCUGCGCGCUCCAAGAAAGCCCCAAUAGCACCUCUUGCGACGCCUGUACCUUUGUCUUCGCAGAUGCAAAGGUGGGAUGAAAGCGGAGCUGUGGCAGGCCCUUCGAGAAUCAUACAGGAGAGCCCUACUCGACCUCGCUUUGGCGAAAUUGUAAAUAAUGAACGUACGAGGAAACCAGUGGUUGAAACCCGAAAUCUACCAUCUGGAUUCCAACUUUCUACAACCCCUACAAAGUCGCGGGUGACAGAUUUCAGCAAAGGCAAAGGCAAGGCAACUGACUCAAACCAAAGGGGUCCGUCGCAAGUGCAAUUCGACAGUGGUCCUCCGCCAGCGUCGUUUCAUUUUGAAGGCACGCAGACGAAUUUGUUUCAGGCGGCUCGGGAUGAUGGUUCUGGCGCGACGGCGCAAGGGGACGUCUUCAUGGUCGACUCUAAUGUGGAUACAAACUUCUAUUCGCAGGAUGACGUUGAGAUGACCGACGGAGCUCAGGAGCAACAGAUGCAUGUCACUGUGGAUGAGGAAUCCGAAGAGGUGGAUCCUCACAGGUGGAUUUUGGAUUUGCAUCGGCUUGUCCUAAUGCACAUGGAACCGACUUGCAGGAUGACUACAUUUCAUGCCUUGUUGGGAGUUUCACUGCCAAUCGGACCCAAAUCGGAUGCAUAUACUUCCGCAUGUUCUCGUAUACUGGACGUUCUCGCCAAUGUACCCACUCAGGAGCAUCAAGCUUGGGAACUCGCAGCCCAAGCGAUUUGUGGCGCUCUAAUAGAAAUGGCAGAUAUACUGGCCGUCUCUAAUCAUAUAACGUCUUUAGCUGCCCUUUUUAGCCAGCUGACUCAAAUAACGUACACUCUUCCAGCACCUCAUCCAUAUCUCUUGGUGUAUAAUGCCACCGACCCUGCAGAGGACAGAGUUCCUCGUAUUCUCGCCGUGAUAUGUUCUGUUAUUCAGGACCACAUCAGUAAACUAGUAAUUCACGAUACCGAGAAAUCGGAACUAGGUCUACUUGCCAAGGAGUCACUCGCACUACUGGAAGCCUUGUGUUGGAAUACUCCGAGUGACUUGGAAAAUAUGCUAGCCUUCGUACCUCGUUGCCCUUGUGUACUAUCGAUACUCUUGGAUUCCUCUCGCCCGAUGUGGUUUCUUUUUCAAAGUACACGCAUGCUUUCUCAGCUCUCAACUCGACCCGUCCUUUUCCAACCUCUUUUAUCAUUUCCUGACACCGAGGGGCAAUCACAAGACUAUACUCGGCUCCCUCAUGUCGAGCGAAUGUGCUCUCUCUUGAUCGAUUCUAGUAGAACGAGCAACGAGGCCGAUGGGAUCAAGCGACACAUACUGACAUUUUUUGCUAUGCUCUCCGAGGCUCAUCCAACUGCUCACACGAUCAUCAUCGAGUCGCAAUCCGUGAUACCGUCGAUCAUUGUUUAUUUAUACGGGCUGUCAGCACCUGUGUGGCAAGGCGAUGAGGCAAUGGAGUCUGACCCACAGGCUGCCUCAAGAGUGAUUCGACGGAUGAACCAAACGACCUUUCUCUUGCACCAUUUGAUGUUUAAAGCCGAAACUCCCCUUAGAUUGCAAGAGCGUCUAGAGCGCGCACCACGGCACUACAACGGUCUUGUACAUCUUUUUGUUGUUACCAUGGGACGUCUCAGUUUUGCUGAUGUGCCCGAGUGGGUGCAAGAGGAGGACAAACAGGACCUGGAAAGAGUUGCCGGGCUUGCAAAGGAUCUUUUGGAGUUGUUGAUGGACGCGCCACAGAUGGAUGCUAUAUGGGCCACGUACCAAGAGGGGCCAGAUGAUGAAAUGGAAGAUGAUGAAGAGGUGGAGGCUCGACGGCUUGCUGCCAACAUGAUCUAGUGUAUCAGUGUGAGAGGCUGCGUCAUCUUCCUGCAAUAUAUGUCUACAUGCAUAUCCAUCGAUUUGUUGGCAGUGUUUGGUCAUGCCUUUAGCUUUGUGUUGUGUCGAAUGAUGCAAGGUUCAUCUCAACUGAGGUGUCCUGGCCACCUUGGUUCUGCUCGAACACGAGUUACACGUUUAGUUACACUGUUUGUCUACAUUAACCACAGCUUUUAAUUGACGCAUGGGACAGUGG